GGUGUAUAUGGAAUCACGGUACGCGAAAAUGCCUACCGUAUACGGACGAGGAUUGACCGAUGUAGCUGGUGAUGGCACAACAAUCCCGAUUGUCUCUCACAGUAUCGGACGCUGGUACACGUGGUGCUGAUGCGGAUCAAAUUCAUAAACUGCCAUGGCUGA